AUGUCAGACACGGGUUCCGACGAAGAACGCGGCGAUGAGCUGGCGCCGAAUAUGGACGACACAGGUAGAAACGCCAUCUGAGUUCUCUUCUGAAAACGUCUCAGUUUUCAGCGCUGGCAGCAGCGGCUCGUCGAGCACGUAUGACUUUCGAUCGGCCCACCGAACACGAGUUGGCCUACUUUCCGGAGAUUUGGAACAAUCAGGCGGCGACUGAAGUGUUUCUGCUCAUUCGUAAUUCGGUUCUUGCCACGUGGCAGUAUAAUCCGUGGAAAGAGGUCACGGCUUCCGACGUGUGCAGAAACUCAAUCUUUGCGCCGUUCAAUUCUGAUAGUGAACUGGUUCAGAACAUUGUUCUCUAUCUCACACGCUUCGGACUCAUUAACUUUGGCCGCUACACACGGGCCACCAAGAUCCAAACAUUGUUGCCACGUGAAGAACGAACAGUGAUUGUGAUUGGCGCAGGAGCGGCUGGAAUUGCGGCCGCCACCCAACUCACCUCGUUCGGCUUUGAAGUUAUCGUAAUCGAAGGACGCGAGCGAAUAGGAGGAAGAGCACACAACUUGGAGUUCACAGAUCAACGAGGACAGAAACACAUAAUGGAAACUGGUGCCGAUACUCUGAGACAAAUGGCCGACUCUCCGAUGGUUCACCUCCUUCAUCAGGUUCAGCUCGAACAGCAUCCGGUUUUCGACAGCCCCAUGAUCUAUUACGAGGGCAGACCGCUGGAUGUGUCGAAGGACGCGAUGCUCACCGGAGCCUAUGUCCGAGCAAGGAGCACACUCAACUGGCAGUCCUACCAAAGAGAGCACCGCGACGAGAACGGACGCUUUAUUUCGAGACAGCAGGCGUUCGAGAAUCUCAUAAAUCUGAUGGAGAGGGACACGGCGAUAAGCUACUACAAUUACUGCAAAGCGUGUGAGGAAGUGGCUCGCGCCCGUGAGCACCACUACAUUCACUUGAGGAACCUGCGACAUACUGCGUUGAUGGCUGAGAAACGGCUGAAGAAGCUGAAGGACGGCGAGGAUCCGCUGUUGCAGAGAUCGCUCAAAAGAGACAUCGCCGACGCGCUGAAUGAGUUCGAAAAGGUCGCCGAGGCUUUGGAACAUGCCGAUCAGCACUUGAUCCGGUUGAAGAAAGAUCCGGCGCCAAAGCAGUACAUGCAUCCGAUGGACUACCGCAAAUUCAACUUCUUGCUCGGAUUCGAAGAGUAUAUAAUCGGCGCGCCACUUGAGCAAGUACAAUUCUCGAACAAUUCGUUUAAGAACAAGACGAACGGAGUGACCACCAGAUGUAUGCUUUCUUAGAAGGAUUUCUGAUACAAAUGUUUCAUUUUUCAGUGACAAAGGGAGUUGCCGAGCUAUUGAAGCAGCUCGUUGUGAAGCGAAACGUGAAUCUUCGCCUCAACCACCGUGUCCGUAACAUUGAUUACUCUAACGAAGAUUUUGUGUCGGUUCGAGUGGAGAAGGAGAACGGAGAAAUGGAGGAGAUGACGGCCGCUCUGGUAGUGUCCACUCUUCCCAUUGGAGUGCUCAAACAGUGAGUUUAUCGCCGACGGCUCUGCUGAAAUUGCGAUUCAGGAGUGUCGUCAAGAACGAAAAUGCUCCGACGUUCACGCCGCCACUGUCGGAGGAGAAAGUGCAAGCGAUUCGAGGCAUGGGCAACGGACUCGUUAACAAAAUCAUAUUGGUGUUCGAGCGCGCGUUUUGGGAGAACGGAAACCGCUAUCAGUUCCUCACAAUUUCUCCGGAUAUGUGAGUUUUAAUCUGUUUUCGAUUCAUAAGCCAACUCUCUCGCAUUUCAGAAGAACUCGCGGUUCGAUGCUCCUCUGGUCGGCUGUUCCGGCCACAAAAGUGAUCACAACCUAUAUGAUCGGCCACGCGGCGACGCACGUCUUGCCGGACGCGGAAUUAAUCGACAAGGCGUUGGACGACCUUAAGAAAGUGUUCGGAAAUAACUGCCCAACGCCAGUCCACGCACAUGUCACACAUUGGGAAAACGAUGAAUUCUCGUUUGGAUCGGGCAGUUACAUGAGUCUAAACACCGAAAUGAAGCACUUUGACGAGUUGAUGAAUCCAUUGACGGGUGCGGACGGCAAGAAACGAGUCUAUUUCGCCGGAGAGCACACCUGCUCAAGCUACACUUCGACUGUUCAAGGCGCAUGGAUGUCGGGUGUACGAGCAGCCGCUAACAUUGCCAACGAUCAUGUUGGCUUUGGAUUUGUCGACCUGUCCACUCUGGAAAAGUAUCGAGGCGGACCAGAAUCCGACGAGAUUUUCGAAGUGGACAGGGACGGAGUUUUUUCUCCGCAAUGCGAGGAAGCCGGUCCAUCAACGUCCCAGUGA